AUGCAGCCCCUUCUGCUUCUGUUGGCCUUUCUCUUCUCCCCUGGGGCUGAGGCGGGGGAGAUCAUCGGAGGCCGGGAGGCCAGGCCCCACUCCCACCCCUACAUGGCAUUUCUUCAGAUCCAGUCUCCUGGAACUAGUUGCGGGGGGUUCCUGGUGCGAGAAGACUUUGUGCUGACGGCAGCUCACUGCUGGGGAAGCACUAUAGUCGCCAUCCUUGGAGCUCACAACAUCCAAAGGCAGGAGAGGACCCAGCAACGCAUCCCUGUGCUCAGAGCCAUACGCCACCCUGAUUACAACCAGCAGAAUAACCACAACGACAUCAUGUUACUGCAGCUGGAAAAUAGAGCCACACAGAACGGAGCCGUGCGCCCAGUGGCUCUGCCUCAGAGAUGGGCAAGGCUGAGGACUGGGACACUGUGCACAGUGGCCGGCUGGGGCCUGGUCAGCCUGAACCGAAGGACAGACAGACUCCAGGAGGUGCAGCUGAGAGUCCAGCGGGAUCAGCAGUGCCAGAACCGCUUCCGUUUUUACAUUGGCCACACUCAGAUUUGUGUGGGGGACCCGAGGCAGAGGAAGUCUGCCUUCAGGGGAGACUCAGGAGGGCCCCUGGUGUGUAACAGCGUGGCCCAUGGCAUCGUCUCCUAUGGAAACGCCAGGGGGACUCCUCCCGCAGUCUUCACCAGAGUCUCAAGCUUCCUGCCCUGGAUAAGGAGGACAAUGGAACGCUUCAAACAGCCUGGUCAGAGGGAGACCCCACUGUGACCGGUCUUCUCCAGGGCACAGCCCAGCUCCAGGGAG